CAAGAAGUAGUAAGGAAAUUAAUCGAUGAACAUGAACAAUCCAAUCCCAAUGAAUCUAAAUGAAUAUUAAUCAAGUCAACAGGAAGUCGAAUCUAAGUUUGGCUAUUGGUUGCACAAAUGAUUGCAAUAAAUUUGAACAUCUUUCCAAUUUUGCCUUUCUUGCUGGCAAGUCUUGUCCAUCCUCUCCGUUUUCCCUCGGCCAACGACAACAAUCCUCCCGUUGGCGACCAGGCAAAGACGGUCGGAUGGGUUCGGGAACCAGCCGAAUGGGCUCGCGCCCAUCUCGGACCCGGCGAGCCAAGCGGUCCGCCCUCUCGUCCUGUCUCUUCGUUUGCGGUAGCUCCGCCAACCAGAUGGAAGAUGAUCCAUCCAAUUUUCUGGUAAAUUCUAUGAAAAAAGGAAAGUCUAAAAAGUUGCGAAUCCCAACAAAGGAAUCUGCUUCAGCUUCUGGUGCAAGGACUGGUUUAAUCAGUGUGAGAACAGAAACUGAAAUUGGAGCCUCAUCUGAAAAUAGAGUGGACAAGCCUGAAAACUCUUCUUUUGAAGACUGUUUAACUGACAUUGAGGCAUCUAACCAAGGGAAAUGUUUGUGUAAAAGUGAUGAAUCAGUUCCUCCUCACUUACCUGUCGAUUAUAGAACUAAUGAGAAAGCUUGUACUUCAUAUGCCAAUCAGUUAAUAUCAGACUCAGUUUCUGCAAAUAUGAGGUCCUAUGUGGAUGUUGUUAAUGGCAUUGACAAUAUGAUGGACAAGGAUGAGUCUCGGAUUUGUGUAGGUGUUAGAGAUUCAAGUGUUUCAUCUUCUGAAGAGUUUGGAGAUUCUUUCUCAGAUGAGGUGUCUAUUGAAAAUCAUGAGAGUGAAGGGAUGUUCGUUGAAAGUUCUGAUUCUUGUUCUAGCUAUGUUCUUUCUGAUUCAGCAGUAACUUCUCAGUCACCAAGAGAUGAUACUAUUCAAGAGACCACACCUCCAGGACUGGGUACUUUUGUGUCAAAUAGGGAACAAGGCCAGGGAAGUUCAAGUUUAUUUCAGGUUGAUAUGGCGGGUACCUCUUCCAGCACUUCUAGUAGCUCCCCUGAAAUAAAUAAUCAUGAAGCAAGGCGAAAUGGUAGAAGAGUGUUCUGGGAUGCUUUUUCAAGACGCAGAUUUGGAAUGCAUAUUGAUCCCCACACAUUUGGUCCCUUGGCCGAUGAUACAGAUAGUACCAGAUCUCAUGGAAGAUGGCUUCUUGAUUUUAAUGGUGAUUUCUUCAGUAACAGGGUUGGGCAUGAUUCUGGGCACAUGGGAAGCAGAAGUCAUAGCAUGAAUGAACAAUUUUGGCAUUCAGGAUCAGAGGCCUGGGGAAGAUUCCAUAGUAGCCUUGAAAGGGUUAACCGCCAAACAAAUACUUGUCCGGCAGGGCUUCACCCUAGUGGCACCUGCUCAUGUGAGUCAAUCGUGACAGCUGAAGAAUCUGGUACUCGUGCAAGUAUUUCACGAAUUGUUUUGCUAGCUGAAGCAUUAUUUGAGGUACUAGAUGAAAUUCAUCGUCAACCGGUGCCACUUUCCUUAUCUGUGGUCUCACUCCCAGCUCAGGAGGCAGUUGUUGAUUCUUUUCCUGUUAAGCAUUAUAGAGUGCCUGACACAAGUGACAGUGGAGAUGAUGCUGCACAGUGUUACAUAUGCCUGAGUGAGUAUGAAGAAGGGGAUAAAAUACGGGUUCUUCCUUGCCACCACGAGUUCCACAUGUCAUGUGUUGAUAAAUGGCUGAAAGAAAUACAUGGGGUGUGCCCACUCUGCCGAGGGGAUGUUAGCGAGGGAUUCACAAAUGACUCUGUCUCCAACUCAGGAGCACCUUCUUUUGAUUAAAGGCUCCUCUGGUACUUGCAUGUAAGGCAGUUUCUGUAGGAAAAAAAUUUUCGCUUCUUCACAAAUAUAUCUAUAUUCUUAUCUCCAAAUUCGUGUUGGAGCCCCAUCCCUCCCCCCCCCCCCCCCCCCCCCCCCCCCCCCCCCCCCCCCCCCCUUCUCUUUCCCAACCCACAUUUCUUAAUUUCUUCGCAUCUGUAUCAACUUCUAUAAUGUUAAAAGGAAAGAUAUUUAGCUGUUUUACCAGUAGUUUUCCUCAUUUCGCCGCAGACAAAUUUAUUCAACGGAAUUUGUUGAAGUUUCAUAGGAUCCAGCUACGAGCAAAGAUAGAAACAUCAUACAAAGUUAUAAUUUGUUUUUAGUUUGCUCUUUUACUGCAUGAUGAAGACAGUUUUAAGUGCAGCAUAUUACAAUAACUGCUAAUUGUGCCUUAUGUCACUUAAUAUUGGGUUUGUCUAUGUCUUUGCUGCCAGAA